AUGAAAUUCACGCUUUCCGUCUUAAUCGUGGCCGCCCUGUGCGCCCUGAGCACCGCCGGAUUAUUGGGAGGAGUGGGACUGGGAGGUAGAGACGCCGCCGUCACCGUCAGCCUGGACAACCAGCGAGCCGCCCCCUACGGAGGUCUGAUCGGACCCUACGGACUGGGAUUGGGAGUCGGACACGGAAUUUACGGAGUAGGACUGGGCCACGGAGCCUUGGGCCUGGGAGUCCACGGCGUAGGCCUGGGCGUUCACGGUUUAGGCCUGGGCGUUCACGGUUUAGGCUUGGGAGUUCACGGUUUGGGCCUGGGACACGGAGUCUUGGGACUGGGCGUUCACGGUUUGGGCUUGGGUCAUCUCGGUCUGGGAGUGGCCAAAACAGUCAGUUUUGUCAUCCACGGAACAAGAGCGGGAGUUCGGGUAUACCCGCCAAGUAUACAGUUGUCCCUCUUGGUCUUGGCCACUCUGUGCGCCGUCGGCAUGGCCGGAUAUUUGGGAGGCUACGGCCUGGGAUUCGGAGGCAGAGACGCCGCCGUCACCGUUAGUCUGGACAACCAGAGAGCCGCACCUUACGGAGGACUCGGAGCCUACGGUGCCUACGGCGCCUACGGACUCGGAUACGGAGGAUACGGAGCCUACGGAUUGGGAUACGGAGCCUACGGACUCGGACACGGAGCCUACGGAUUGGGAUACGGAUUGGGUCUGGGAUACGGAGGCUACGGUCUUGGUCUCGGAUACGGACACGGUUUUGGAAAAUUCCACUAAAUACCCUAAUUUGACGAGAAUCGCCCCCCCCCCCGGAACGAACGAUGGGACGUGACGCUUGACGCGUGAGCGAGAAGAAGAGAAACGAGUGUAUAUAGAUUAUUAUAUAACACUUAUUAAAAUAAAAACAAAUUCCC